GCGCACAGUUGUACCAACAUCACACAUUUUGUCUUUUGAGAAGAGUUGGAAAAACACCAAUUCGUUGCUAUCGUAAUGUUUGUGAUCUACUGCUAGUUAAAACUUGUUCAUUAUUUUCUUCAUAAUUUACCCCGUUCCUGCUCAUGUCGACUUUCAUGCAGAUUUAAUCUUAGCAGGUUUUGUUUUGUGUUGCCCUUGAAAGGUUGCUUAGCAACACUGGAAUGUGGUAUGUGGUGGCGUACGUAGUAUUGAGCUCGUUUGGUGCUUCGUUUCGUCAGGAUAAGACAACAAAGGCGGCACAAGAAUCGCCUUUAGCUUCGACUUACCUUAGUUACCGUCAACGGACCGAUCACGACCGCUGUUUACGAGAAACUUAUGACAAGGACUCCACACCUGCCUUUGGCUCAUCUUCCAAAGUUGUUUUCCCAACUGUGUUCCAAAUCUGAAAGAUGGGGAAAGCAGAAAGUAAACUGAGCCCUCCAGGAACUGUAUCCUUUCCUACUCCUGAAGAAAUUAAGCUUGCCAAAUGGAAGGAGGAAGCUCAAAAGAAGCAGCAACUUUAUCUUCUCAGUCAGCCAUUCCACUUUAGGGAUGUACUACAGUCCAUUUGUGUAUUGUUAAAACAUCAGUGUAAACACUGCUCAAAGCAUGAUGAUGGUAUGUACCCUAAUAAUGCAGAAAUGAAUGCCUUAAAACAGUUGGUUGGCACACUGUUGUUUGGUAAGCCUAAAGAUCCAGCUUUGCCUGAAAAUAGCUUCACAGUCACAGGCUUUAAUAAAGAUCAAAUGAAGGAAAUCAACAUUGUAUUUACUGAGUUAGUUAAAGGGAUAUCUGAUAAUUGUAUUGAAAUUGCCAUAAUAUGGAUUUCUUUGUUCCAAGGAGGCAAAAAUAAGGAGCCUGUUGAUACUCCUGUAUUCCGUGUACCUGGUCUGAAUAAGCAGGAUACACAGUACAACUUUGUUGAUCUGUUAGGACGUCGUUACAAUGACUGGAAAGACUUUGUCUCUAACAACAAGCUACCUCCAUCUCAAUGUUAUUGUCCACUCGAUGGUAUAUAUACUUCAGAUGAAAAGGGAGAAGUUAAAAUUUUCUUAGACAGCACUCCAGCAGCUAAAGUGCCAGCAAAGAUUUUACGUGUAACUGAUUUUCUCGGAGCUGGUAUUGGAAUGGGUGCUGGUGUUGGGCUACUUUUCUGCCCUCCCGCUUUCAUAGCCUGUGCUGUUGCCUCAGGGGUAGUCUCUGCAUAUGGAGUUGUGCGUUCGUCUGUAACUCUGGCAGACCGGGGCAACCACAACCAGAGCAUAAAGGACAAGGAAGCUUUCAAGCAGUGGGUUUCCCUUGUUGGCAGCAUCCUUGGACUGGGGACCUCAGGAGCUCUUGUUGUCUGCAAAGUGUUGGCUGCUGAAGGGAAAUUAGUUUCUGAAGUUGUACCUGCUGUCAUGGAUGGUUUGAAAUGUGUUAAUAAUAUUGUGAGUGGCAUUGGGGCCGUGGAUCAUGUUUUGGAAUUACAAAGGCGAGGAAUGCCACUAGACCCAUUGCAAAGUUUUCAGUUGGCCGCUCAUUUGAUGCUUCUAAUGGCCUGUGCAGGGUCAGAAAGCAUGGUGCGCAUUGUGAUUGAGUAUGCCCGAGUGCGCGUAAUGCCCAUCCUUGUUGACAAGAUCAAAGCCGUUUUCAAAUACAUAGGAGGCUUUGUAGACUUGAAAGGCCUGCUUAAAGUUCUGGAUCACAUCUGUCAAAAGUUUUCUUAUGGACGUGAGGUCAUGAGAGCUAUCCGGAUUAUUAUUGACUGUUAUAAUUGCAAAAGUUUAGAAGAUGCAAAAAAAAUUGUACCUGUUUUUACAGAUCUUUUGAAUCAUCUGUAUUUUGCAAAGAUAGAAAAUAGCCCUCCUGAAGCAGUGCCGACAGAAAAGGAAAUAAUGAGUGAAAUUGUUACAAAUGAUACUUUCAUUCCUGGGCUUCUUCAGCCUUUGGAAACCCAAGAUAAGAAUUUUCAUUUCCCAAGCGAUCAUUGUCAUUGGGAUAAUGAUGGUAAACUGUCAGCUGAGGAGUAUACUUUGAUUGGACAAAAUUUCUUUGGCAUUCCAAAAGGUACACAAUCACAUGUGUGGAUGGAUAGGGACAGUGUUGGCACUGCCCAUGUUCAUUUUGAGCAGUAUGGUCUCGUUACUAUCAAAAGCUAUGUAGAUCAGCAGUUAAUCACCCUGAAAAACGUUAAGAAAACAUCCCAGUGUGUUUCUGAAUAGGGGAGGAAAAGGGGGGGGGGGGCAACGGGGAAGGGCAUAAGUACCCUCCCCACCCUCCCCUAUUUCCCCCUUUCUUGAAUAAGAAAAAUAUGUAAAUGCAGAAGCAUAAGGUGAAAGUUAUGAAAUAAAGACGCACUUUUCUCAGA